CCUGUAGGAGCUAAAAGCAGUGUUUUGUGUACGUGCAUGUUGACAUGUUGCUUAUCAAUACCAGCCGCACACGUGCUGUGCAACUUCUUGUUUAUCAGGCAGCCCAGCUGCUGAGUACAUGCUCCACAACAUGUUGUUCAGUCCAGCUUAUGUAAGUCUCAACUACUUUUGACCAUAUUAGGAGGUGGAAGUAGCACCCCAUCAUUUCUCAGAAUCAAAAGGAGGUGGGGGUUGAAUAGUAUAUGAUGCUGCGUGGUGUAGGAGAAAGGGGGCUUUUGCAGAAGGAUCUCCAGCCGAGGUGUUUAGAUCGAAGCUGGACGCUGUCCCCAUGAAGUGUUGGUGAUGAAAAAGAACCACAUUUUGGUGACCACGAAGGUGGAGUAGAGGCGUGCUCUUCGGAUUGUUUCGCAGUCCACGGAAUUUUGACUUCUGGGCCCUUAGGUAAGAACAGUUUUUGUUCAAUUUUGGAUUUAUUCCGUGGAUUGUGAACUGGUCUGAGAGAAAAAACAUGCCCUUCUCAUAAAUUAGAAGUUAUAAUAACAAGAAGAGGCAUUUGUCCAGAACAGCGGUGAUAAAUAUUCACACAUGUGUGAAGUCAGCUGAGUCAUUUUGAUGACGGACAAAGUUUAAGUGAUAAAUUAAAGCUGGGACAGUGAAAAUUGGAAUAGAUUUUGACAGCUGAUAAAAGUCCAGGGAGGACAAGUGAAAAAGGUCGACAUUGAGAUCCAGUAGGGUGUCCCGGUGAAGCCGGGCAACGACUGGGAUCUGAGAAAAAGCGCUGAAGUUGUGACAGAUAAGCUUGCCAGUAAUUCGGUUGAAUCCUCGGGGAUUGGUAAAUUUCAUGAGUUUUUGGCAAAGGCAUGUGUUGACGUCAUAGUUGCAGCAAAGUGGCUGUAAACCACUCUGGAGCUCAGAAAUUGCUUGUGUGUGUGUGUUUGGGAGAGAAGUUUGUGUGUGGGACAGGCGUGUGAGAUAAGCGUGUGUGUGUGGCGGAGAUAAGCGUGUGUGCGAGUUGAGACAAGUGGGUGUGUGAGAUGAACGGGGUGUGUCAGGCGCCAGAGAAUUAGAGGAGGAAAAAGAAAAACAAAGGAGAAAAAACUAGGAGAAGCUUUAAAAACGGUGUAAAACAAAUCAAUAUUAUUCACUGCAGUGCUAAAUUUUGAUGUUUAAUGUUAUACAAAUUUCAAAGUCUGUGAUCUUUGUCUGAUUAGUCUUUAAACAGAAAACCAGAAGUUAAAAUAAUAAGUUUUUAGAGUGACAUAUAUAUAAAUAAAAAUAUAUGCUGAAGUGCACAAGCAUGAUAACUAUUUUUACCAGCUGGGUAAUGUGAAAUAUGAGAAAUAUAGAUUAUGAUUAAUAAAUAAAUAAUAAUGUUUAUGUGUGUUGAGUGUUUGGCAUGAAAAUGUUGCUUCGGUGUCAAAUUGCUUUGAAGUGUGUUUUUCUUAUCUCUAUGCAAGUGUGAAAGCUUUGCUGUGUGUGUGGUUGUUUUACUCGGAAAGUUCAAAUACUCUGAUCUUGUUUAAACUAUUGCUUGGAUAAAUUAGAGAGAAACUGAUUUUUCUUCUGCUGAUUCGGUCUCUAUUGUGGUUGACUCUUUCCUGUAUUAUAGUGUUAUAAAGCUGUUUGAGAGUUGUUAAAUCCUGAAGGCUGAAUGCACUUGGUGGCACCGGAUCUGUUCGUUUCUCCGUAGACACCCUCAGCUGUCAGACCCAAGCUUAAGACUGGGCAGGGGGGCCAGUGCAGAGAUGCAGGGCUCCACCUACAAGCUGUCCUCUCCAUACACACGCACAGACACAGAAGUACAGAGGCGAUCCCGCCUCUGACUCCACCUCUGUGUGAGGAUUGGUUGGUGAGCCAUAGGGCGUAGAGAAACCCUACCCUGUGGGCUGAGUUUUGCUCACACACAAGCUUGGGGUUCAGCAUAAGGCUAUUUUUAGCCUGCCACUGCAACACAGCUGCUGAGGGCAAAUAAAUACAUAUUCAAUCCAGAUUUAAAAGGUUCACCUAUAAAAACUUUCAGGCAUUAAGUUUUUCUUUCAACAAUAACUAAAGCUUUUUGAACUAACUUUACUUUAGUGUUACAUCAGAAGAGAUUUGAUUUUAAGGCAUGCACAAUAAGAAGAUAAAUUGUUCAACAUUUGUGUAAACAGAACAACAACAGAUUACUCAAGACCACAGCAUCAUAUGUCACCAGUAUUUGUUUCAACUUUCACUUCUUGUUUAUUUUCAGGAGAUUAUAAAUAAACAAACUAGUUUACUAAUCAGAGGAAUAAUACGUGUCACUGAAACUUCAAAAUGUCGGUCACGCCAGCAGGAAUUUUGGCAGCAAAGAAUCCUGCUUUAGCAAAAGAGAUAAAGCACAUGUCAGAGAAGUGGUCGAAACGGACGAGAAAACUAUGCAAUCCGUGGCCAUCUGAAGGCACUUACGAUGUAGCAGCAUGUGACAAUUUUGAAUUGAGAAUUCAGGAUCAUAAAGCAGAUGGGUCCAAGAAAAGACAGCAGAAAAGAGAAAAGGAAAUUCAGAUCCUGGACUUAUUCAGGAAUGAAGGAAAGAUUUACAGACAGAAUUUUAAACAGGCCAUCCUUAAAAUGAAAGACAAAUUGGACAAACCCCAGAAGGAAGUGAAGGCCCCAGCAGAAGAGGGCCUGUAUCCCCUCUUGGGAACCGUUACAAUUACGGGAGAUUUUGAUUUGCGCGACACAUUCGACAAAGGUCCUAAGGGUUUAGAUGUUGACAAUGCAAUUUUAAAAUUAACAACAUCACAGCAAUCAGAUGAAGCACCUGGCAAAGAAAAGCAUGCAAAAGGAAGUGAGGAAAGAGAAUUCGAACAAACAACUCCACCUCGUGGAACGCAUCCAAAAUAUUGCAGUACAGAACGUCGAGCGGUAAGUGAAGAAGGACGAAGGGAGACUGAUUGUUUUGCAGAACAUAAGGAUUUUUUGAAAAGGCAACCGAAGGCUAACUCAUACUGGAUUGACCUUGAGAACAAGGAUGAGGAUGUACAUGAUGAGCUAAACGAUGUUGACCAAAUUAUACAGGACAUAUCUGAAGGCCUGCAGAAAUCCUUAAAUCACAUCACAGGCACACAUUCAGAUGAGGUUAGUGAGAACACCACUAGCACAAGCAAGGAGAAAAAUUUCAAGCCUUUUUACAAACCAGGCAUUCACUCACCAGAGCGUGGUGACCCAAAUACAGGUCUGACUCAGGAGAAGGAAAAACCAGGUCCUAGCAGUGAAAGCCGUGAUCUGAGACCCAGACAUGACUUAAAACCACCUAUUCGAUACACUAAUGAUGGUCAGUACCCAAUUUUAAUUAAGGGCACAAGAGCUAAUUAUAUUCCCUGGCAGAGCCUCGACCUCACUGGUUUGGUUUCGCGGCUGCCCCACAUUCAAGAUGGCGCUGGAAAGUGGGUUAGGGCUUUCGAACAGGAGACAACUGGGCUAAUGCUUGCCCUUGGAGAUCUCAAAGCUAUUUUGGCUCGAGUUGUUGGGACAUCAGCUAUGGGAACAUUGCUCGCAUCCAAUGGAGUCCAAUGGAUGCUGGACCCAAUGGCUGACGGCACGGAGUUUAACACACACAGAAAUGCACUCUGGAACAUACUAAGAGCAGCAUAUCCCAACAGGAUUGACCCCAAAGCUUUGAAAGGUGAGCCACUUUCAGAGACUGAGAGUCCUGCGUCAUUCGUUGACAGGCAGCUCAGGCGGUGGAAGCUGAAGACGGAGGAGGGUCCUGAGGGGACGCCAAUAAUGACUUCUCUGUUCCGAACAUCCCUGAUUUCUGCUCUCCCGACUCCUGUGCGAGACAACCUGGAGGAUGUUGUGGGACUGGACUCAAUGCCACAUGCACAGUUCAGAGACCAUGUAGUCCACGCAGUGGACCGCUAUCGGAAAGACAAUAACAAAAUGAUUGAGCAAGAAAAGUGCGCUCAGAGAAAACUCACACAGUUGCACAUAAAUGAUCUCCAGCACAAGGCGAAGACGCAGGAGGCAGUGGAGAAAAGUGACAGCAAGAGUGACAGUCAAACCCAAGCAUUGCAGACAGCUGUGGCCCCGCCUCAAACUCCAUCUCAACUGGUUAUCAGUGUCUACCCAAACCAGUAUGGUAGACAGCAGCCUGGACCACAGAGACGAUUUCCAAAUCGUUUCCCCAAUCGCUACCCAACCUGA